AUGAAGGAAGAUGCUGAAUUGGUUAAUGCUGAAAGGCUAAAGAAUUCCUUAGUUAUUAAGGUUUUUGGAAAGGAGAUUCCAGCACAUGUUGUUGCUUGGGAAGUAAGGAGGCAAUGGAAGCUAUUUGGGAAUUUUCAUUUCACAACCUUGGGCAAGGGUUGGUUCUUGUGUUCUUUUGAAACAAAAUACAUGAUGGAAGGAGUUUUGUCGGGUGGUCCUUGGUUUGUUAACAGCCACAUAAUUGGAAUGGAGAAAUGGACGGUUGAAUUCUCUACACUUUCCUUGAAGGGUCUUACAUCCCCUAUCUGGGUAAGGAUUCCCUUCUCUGCUGGGAUGAAAUCAAUGUGGCUAGGAUUGCUUCAGCAAUUGAUACUCCCCUUAGGUGUUUGGGUGGAGACUAUCUCAAGAAGCAUUUUUCAAAAAUUUGAGUACGAGAAGAUCUCUACAUUCUGCUAUGAAUGUGGGUUGAUAGGGCACAUAAAAGCAGAUUGUGAAAACAAGAAGAAGGACAUUAUGGAGAAGGUUGCUGAGCAUGGAAAAAAGGGAGAAGCUACUGUUACAGAAGAUGUUUUUGGAAUGGAAGAUGAAUCCACUUAUGGGCCAUAG